AUGGCUGAAAGAUACCUGAUCACGAAGGUGGCGACGGUGGAGGGGGCCGCGGUGCCGGAGCUGGUGAAGCUGAAGAUCGCCCGCGACGAGAAGCUGGCGGAGGAGAAGAAGGCAGCCAUAGAAGCUCAGAAGAAGACGCGGCAGGAGGAGAGGGCCAAGCUCAAGGAGCGCACGGCCGCCUACGAAAAGGAAUACGCGGACAACGCCGCGGAGCUGGUGAAGCUGAGAAGAGAGGCCAAGGUGAAUGGGAACUUCUUCGUGGAGCCCGAGGCGAAGCUGCUCUUUGUGGUCCGCAUCGCGGGUAUUAUCAAGAUGAGCCCCAAGCCCAGGAAGGUGUUGCAGCUACUGCGGCUGAAGCAGCUGCACAAUGGGGUCUUUCUGAAGGUGAACAAGCCCAUCCUGAACAUGCUGAAGCUCGUGCAGCCCUACGUCACCUACGGCUUCCCCUCCCUGAAGACUGUGCGAGAGCUGGUCUACAAGAGGGGCUUCGGCAAGGUCAAUAAGCAGCGCAUCCCUCUGUCCUCCAACGACAUCAUCUCGGACAGCUUGGGCAAGUUCGGCAUCCACGGAGUGGAGGACAUCAUCCACGAGAUCUACACGGUGGGCCCCAACUUCAAGCAGGUGUCCAACUUCCUGUGGCCCUUCAAGCUGUCCUCCCCCAAGGGCGGCUUCAUCAACAAGCGCCAUGGCUUCUGCGAGGGCCGGGGCGGAGAUUGGGGCAACCGCGAGGAGCGGACGGACGAGUCCAUCGGGGGACCCGCAGAUCAGGUGGCGUCGGUGGAGGGGGCGGCGGUCCCGGAGCUGGUGAAGCUGAAGGUCGCCCGCGACGAGAAGCUGGCGGAGGAGAAGAAGGCGGCCAUUGCGGCGAUUAAGAAGACCAAAGAGGAGGAGAGGGCAAAGCUCAAGGAGCGCACAGCUGCCUAUGAGAAGGAGUAUGCAGAGGCUUCAAAGGAGCUUGUGAAGCUCCGAAGGGAGGCAAAGGUGAACGGCAACUUCUUCGUUGAGCCAGAGGCAAAGCUGCUGUUUGUCGUUCGUAUUGCGGGCAUCAUCAAGAUGAGCCCCAAGCCAAGGAAAGUGCUGCAGCUGCUGCGCUUGAAGCAGCUGCACAAUGGCGUUUUCCUCAAGGUGAACAAGCCCAUCUUGAACAUGCUCAAGCUCGUGCAGCCGUACGUGACAUACGGCUACCCGUCCCUGAAGACCGUCAGAGAGCUGGUCUAUAAGAGGGGCUUCGGCAAGGUCAACAAGCAGCGCAUCCCCCUGUCAUCCAACGACAUCAUCUCGGAGAGCUUGGGCAAGUUCGGCAUCCAUGGCAUGGAGGACAUCAUCCACGAGAUCUACACCGUGGGCCCCAACUUCAAGCAGGUGUCCAACUUCCUGUGGCCCUUCAAGCUGUCCUCGCCCAAGGGCGGCUUCAUCAACAAGCGCCACGGCUUCUGCGAGGGCCGGGGCGGCGACUGGGGCAACCGCGAGGAGCUGAUCAACGACCUCCUCAGGCGCAUGAACUGA